CGCUUACAAAUUCGCUUCAACAAAGCAAAAUACAGGCAGAAACUAGUCUUUGAAUCCCAAAAUAUCCCAUUUCCACUUUCAUUUCCAUCACCUCUCAAAAGCGUUGAAAAAAGAAAAAUAUGAGUUCUUCAACAAGAGCUUGGAUGGCAGCUGCUAGCAUUGGAGCUGUUGAGGCCUUAAAAGAUCAAGGAAUUUGUAGAUGGAAUUAUGGUCUAAGGUCAAUUCAACAGCAUGUCAAGAACAAUAUCAGAUCAUCUUCUCAAGCUAAGAAAGUUUCUGUUCCAUCUUCUUCUGCUUUGGCUAAGAAACUGAGGGAAGAUGAUAAGUUGAAGAAGUCAGAGGAAGCACUUAGAACUGUCAUGUAUUUGAGCUGUUGGGGUCCAAAUUAAGCUACCCCUUCGUUUUUUGUACAUAUGUAAUGCUAAUUUUGCUUCAAUUAUAUUACUUGAACUAUCAAAAAUAUGUUCAAAAGUUGAGUUUGAUAUUAGAAAAUUUUGGGGAUAAAUUUAUAUAUGAACUUUUUGUCUCUGA